AUUCAUUAUUUUAAUUAUAAACGACGAAUCACCAUUUCUUUUAAUAUUUUACCGACCCAUGUCGGUAUAUUCAAAAUUAUCGAGUCUAUUAUGCGAAAAAUAACUUCAUUUUUACAAUUGGUUAUGUUCCUCUCACCUCAUCUCUUCCUUAAAUUUUUUCCGAAGUACCGAUUUUUUAUUGAAAUUACUCAUAAUUGGAACAAAAAUUUACCAGAGAGUUUAAGCAGAGAGCAAAAAAAAAAAAGAUAUAGACAGAGGAAGAGAAAAGAGGCGGGUGCGGUCGAUAUCAUGUAAAAUUCAGGAUCAAGCAAAAGCUUCGCAUUGAAGCUUAUAAUUCGUUUCACACGUAGUCUUUUUGAUUCGUCGUAUUUGAUUUUUUUUUCAAUAUUCUAAUUACUUUGCGCGAUAUGAUUGGACAAAGCGAUCUAGCGCGUAAGGGCGUGGUUUUGACAGAUGCAAAAGAACGCCUAUCAUACUAAUUCGUUUUUUCGUCAAAAUACGCCAUUGUCUACGCAAUGAUGUAUUGCGUCUUAUUUUUUCCUUUCUCAAAUUUAAAUUCCAUAUACGUUUUCCAACUUACAAAGACGUACUGUUCUAAGACGACGAUGCUACAGAAUAAAAUAUUCAUUUUUAAAUUUAAAAUGAAUUCCUUUCAAAUUAUUGUCAAACAGAACGGAAUUAUAAAUUUAAUCGAAUAUAUUUCGAGGUCGCUUCGUUAACCAUGAUCAUGAAAAGAAAGUUCGAGUGUAUAUACAGGAUGUCUCAUUGUGUAGCAAACACCAUUGUUACAAUCAUUAAUAAUAUAAAAGAAUAUACAAAAAAAAUUAAUAUAAAAGAGUUUUUGCGAGUUUUAAAAUUAAUUGAAAGUAUCAAGAUUUUUAUAGAUAUUAAAAUCGAUGAUAUUUCUAACUUAUCGAGAUGUAACACCCUAUAUAUACACGUAUACGUGUAUUUACUAAAGGGGAAUAUGUCUAUAUGUAUGUUAUGUAUGUGUGUGUUUAUAUAUAUAUGUAUAUACUAUGUAUAUAUGUAUAUAUAUGUGUCCUAUGUAUGUAUAUAUGUAUCUAUGAUAUAUGUAUGUAUAUAUGUAUCCAUGAUAUAUGUAUGUAUAUAUGUGUGUUUAUGUAUGUAUGUACGUAUCGAUCCUUGUAUGUACGUACGUACUAAGUGUACUUGACGUGUGUCUGUGUGUGUAACUGAAAUGGAGUCGACGAACCACCCCACUACUCGAAUAACCUCAUGCCAAUCGAUGAAUCCGUCUGCUUCGUAUCGUUUGUCCCCUCUCGAGGAAUAUUACCUCUUCUCUCUUAUAUCGAAAUUCUAGUGUGCUUGGAAUCCAUGUGCAGUUUAACAAUCUUUAUUUUUAUCAUUAUUUUUAAUUUAAAUCCUUUUUUUGUGUGUGUCCAUAUAUACACAUAUAUAUAUUUUUCAGUAAAUGAAUUAUGUUAAAUUCGUGUAACUAGAUACGUACCUGAGCUUUCACAGAUCCGUUCAAUAAGACGCGCGUGCGCGCUCUCAAGAGUUCGUUAGCCGUCACGGUCGUGUACGAAAGAGAAAAAGAGCAUUAACGUUUCGUCUCCCAUUUUACAUGUGCUGAUCUUUGCACAUAUGUGUAUAUAUACAUAUAUAUCUUGGAUAUGUGUAUAUAUUCUUUUCUCUCUUUUUCUGGUUUUUACAUAAACAUAUAUGGUAUAUGUGUUUGUGUACGUUAAGUGUCAUGUGCAGCGAGUAGAUACUUCUCCUCCAGCCGAUACAUCAAUUACGUAUAUUGAAGAAGUUUAACGCAGCAUCAUGUCAAGCCCGUUGUUGAAAGAUUUACCCAAAGUGGCGCUAGAUUUGAAAAGCGAAUUAGAAGGUUUUAAUCACGGAUGUAUGAAAAAAGCUGCAACUGCGGAGAAAAAUGUCUUGCCCUCUGCAGAAGAUGUUGCAGCAGAAAAAACUCAGCAGACAUUGAUUGCUGGCAUCGAAACAUUUGAUCCAACUAGUCUGAAACAUACUACAACUCAGGAGAAGAAUCCAUUGCCUGAUAAAGAUGCAAUUCAGCAAGAAAAGGGAAAACAACAAUUGAUCUCUGGAAUAGAAAAUUUCGAUCCAGCAAAACUCAAGCAUGCAGAAACGCUUGAAAAAAAUCCUUUGCCUACCAAAGAAGCAAUUGAUGCUGAGAAAAUAGCUGCUUAAGAAUCUAUUCAGAAGAAUGAAGAAGAAAAAAAGCAGCAAUUUGUCUUUUCUUCCAUUUUCUAUAUCAUGACAUUGUAUAACAAUAAUUCAUACAUUGCCAACAAAAAUGUGAAUGCAAAACACUGUGUUAAUGUAAUCUCAUGAUUAUACUUAUACUACCGUCACAAACGUUCCUUCUGGCGAUAUCUAAACGCAAAAUGGUUUUCUAUUACGAUCAAGAAAACCAUAGAUAUUGUAGCGAUGCGAGUCUUAAUACUUUUUGUCAAACUAACUUAAUUUUAGGCUCAAAACGCUAUCAUCCAAAUAUUUUGAUACUCGUCAAAGGAUGUACUUUUUAUACUAAAAAAGCUGCACGCAAGUAAAAUUUUAUUUUCUAUAGCAGCAAGAUUGGUGGCAUUGCAUACGUUAUAGAUAUCGCAGAGCUACACCGAUUGACUUUAUAUUUGUGUAAAAAUCAUAUUUUAUAUAACGGGCUAUUGUACUUUUUUAAUAUUUCGUACGUAACGCAUUGUCAUUCCAAUGAAAUUAUUACGAUGAAUAAAAAAAUCAUUUGUACAAAA